GCUCCGCCUUUGUAAAAGGGGGGGAAAAAAAGACGUGCAGUGGUCACUGUAAUCCAACUGGUUAAACUUCGUGUCGCUAACACGCAACUCGACAUAUAACCUUAAAACAACCACUUGAAAAAAAAAAAAGACAUUUUCAAAAUUAUGUUGGUAUAAUCCAAAGCUUGUUUUUAAAAUUGCUCAGUCACGGGAGUUUUGUCGUUUACAUUACACGGUUUUCUUGGCUGACUAGAAGUUUGUCCAAGUGGCUUUGCCGUACAUGCUCCGCUGCAGACCUCGAGAUUAUUUGUAUUUGUUAUUUUAUUUUUUUCCUUCCCCAAACAACUAACUCCACUACAUUUUCCUCAGUUUGUACCGAACGGGCCUAAUCCUCGUCACUGUACGUCCAUCACGAAUUUACGCAACUGAAACGUUAUUCGUUGAAUCUUCUCGGCCUAGCCUAGCCUAGCUUAGCUUAGCUUAGCUUAGCUUCGCUUGCUAACAAAGAGACGCGUUUGGGAUCAAAACUAAAAGUCGAGGAGAACUCAAUUGUUCUUUUCACGCCAUCUACGAGUCAGCAGUUUGCCCCAGAAUCUCUAAUACUAACACGGAAAUGUUGGGCAACUAGAUCCUAUCAUCUUUAUUUGUCGAAGAUGCUAAUAACCCAUGACGAGUAUUUUCUGCAUCCUUUUGUAGAAUGUCUAUCAUGUUGAAAGCGAUGUUCUCUCCUGAGGUCACAAAUGAGCAUAUCUCUUACAAUGCAUAAUUAACACGUUCUACUGUUUCCUCUUGUUGACCUUGGUGCCCUUUUUUUUUGUUCCCCAUUUGUUGAACCCCCAAAUGUUAAUCUUGAUGUCAUUGUUUCACAUGUCCGAUGAUCACUUGUUUUUCCUCAUUCCCUCCGACGUAGAGCGGAAAAGUGCGAAAAUGUGCGCGAGGAGGACGGCGGAGUACGACGGGGAACUUCGGGGCCCGAAAGAGGAGGAGGGGCCAAAAGGUCAACGACCGGACGCUGCGUUCGAUCUGCGGCCUCGAAUUGUGUUACGCAGAGCAGACAUCAGUGGAAGUCUUUGUACUAAGCGGCAGGAGCCAGAGCCCCCUCGCAUUAAAGAGGAAGUGGAGGAGGAGGACAUCACCAAGUUGCCAUCCACUGGUGUCGCUUUGAAGAUGGAAGCUGAAAGUCAGAUUGAGGAGAGCAGAGAGGCGGAGCCUCCAAGCAGCAGCUCAAGUCCACACAUGACAACAGAGGGUGAUGGAGACCACUGUGGAGGAUCACGAGCAGACGGCCUCAUAGCGCCAUUAUCAGAUAGUGAUGACCUGACGUCACACUCUUCUGACUAUGAUGAGGAUGCACAGUCUGAAAGUGAUAUGACAUGUCACACUGACAAGAAACAAUGGGUAUGUUCUCAGUGUGGGAAAACAUUUGCUUAUCAUAGCCGUUUGAAACGACACAAAAGAACACACACGGGCGAGAAACCUUUUACCUGCUCAAUUUGUAGUAAACGAUUUUCUCAGAAGGAACACUUAAGAAGUCACACAAGUACUCACACUGGUGAGAAACCGCUCGCCUGCUCAGUCUGCGGUCAAAGGUUUUCUCAUAAGGGAAGCCUGAAAAUACACACAAGCACCCAUACUGGACAGAAACCUUUUCCCUGCUCAGUUUGUAGUCAAAGAUUCACUCAGAAGGGAGACUUAAAAAAACACACAAGAACCCACACUGGAGAGAAACCCUUUUUCUGCUCAGUUUGUGGGCAAAGAUUCUCUGUAAAAGGAACCUUAAACACACACACAAGAACGCACACUGGAGAGAAACCUUUUGCCUGCUCAGUUUGUGGCCAAAGAUUCUCUCAUAAGGGAACCAUUAAAAUACACACAAGAACCCAUACUGGAGAGAAACCUUUUGCCUGCUCAGUUUGUGGGCAAAGAUUCUCUCAUAGGGGAAGCCUAAGAAUACACACAAGAACCCACACUGGAGAGAAACCUUUUGCCUGCGCAGUUUGUGGUCAAAGAUUCUCUGUAAAGGAAAGCUUAAAAAGACACACAAGAGCACACACUGGAGAGAAACCGUUUGCCUGCUCAGUUUGUAGUCAAAGAUUCUCCUUAAAGGCAAACUUGAAAACACACAUCAGAAUUCACAGGUGAGAAACCUUGGAGAGUCUCCAUGAAGGGAAGUUUAAAAAUACACACAAGAGUCCACGCUGGUGAUCAACCCGUUUCCUGCUCGGUUUCGUUGUAAAAGUUU